UCCGGUCCUGCCAGCCAACGCUCCCCGAGCAUGAUGCGGCCCCAGGCCCGUCUGGGUUAGAGAUUCUGCCCAAAAUGAGAAAAAAAGGUCAAACAACAAAAGUACAGCUUUAAAAGAUGCUCUCUUAUUUAAAAAACAACAACAACAACGAUUUAUCCUUGAACAAGGCAGACGCAGAGCCGCGGCUUGAAACAAAGCUUUACUUCCGUCCGAAGCCCAGCAGGGCGGACCUCGGAGGGGAAGGGACGAACGCCCAAAGGCAAGCCCCCUUACAGGUACUUCCGCCCUUCUCCAAGAUGGCGCAGGCGGAAGGGGCCAGUCACCGCCCGAUGGCGACGUCGCGGCUGGAGUUGAACCUUGUGCGGUUGCUGUGUCGCUGCGAGUCGAUGGCGGCAGAAAAGCGGGAGCCGAACGAGUGGCGUCUGGAGAAGUAUGUGGGUGCCCUGGAAGACAUGCUGCAGGUCCUGAAAAUCCAAGCCAGCAAACCUGCCUCCGAAGUCAUCAGCGAGUACUCGCGCAAGGUGGACUUUCUGAAGGGCAUGCUGCAGGCUGAGAAGCUGACCUCCUCCUCCGAGAAGGCUCUAGCUAACCAGUUCCUGGCCCCUGGCCGCGUGCCCACCACAGCCAGGGAGCGGGUCUCUGCCACCAAGACCGUACAUUUGCAGUCCCGGGCACGUUACACCAGUGAGAUGCGGAGUGAGCUGCUGGGCACGGAGCCAUCUGGGGAGCUUGAGAUAGACGUGAGGAAACGCAUGGUACCCACUACAUGUGGGGUCGGCAGAGCAAAGGGGCCCAGACCUGCAGAUGAGAAGCAUUCAGCGUCUGAGCUCGACCUCGUCCUCCAGAGGCACCAGGGCCUCCAGGAAAAGCUGGCGGAGGAAAUGCUAGGCCUGGCACGCAGCCUCAAGACCAACACACUGGCUGCCCAGAGUGUCAUCAAGAAGGACAACCAGACCCUGUCCCACUCUCUGAAGAUGGCCGACCAGAACCUGGAGAAGCUGAAGAUGGAAUCGGAGCGCCUGGAGCAGCACGCCCAGAAGUCGGUGAACUGGCUGCUGUGGGCCAUGCUCAUUGUCGUGUGCUUCGUCUUCAUCAGCAUGAUCCUGUUCAUCCGAAUCAUGCCCCGGCUGAAAUAAAGCCACUGCCAGCUCA